GAACUGCUUGAUUAUUGGAAGCAGGACACCGACGGCAACGCCAAUCCUGCAAAGCAUGGUGGGCUGAAUCGCCUCAAGAUGCCUUCUGCCGCUUCUGGGGCAUGCGAUGGCUUGCCCUUGCAGACGAGGCAACCAGAAGGACAUCAGGAUGUACAGGUGGUGACUCUGCAGCCUUCCCAGAAUGAGUCUGUGGUGCCCAAGCAGCUCAAGGGUGGUAUCGUGAGCUCGAGGGGCAUCCAAGUACCAGCUGGAAGUGGAACAACCGAGGAUAUCCCUCCUGCAGAAGUCGUCAAAGGUGUUCCGGAUGGUUUGCCGCGCAGCUCAUCGAAGCAUUGGGCUAGCGAGGCCUCGGAUGGCGAGAUGUGUGAGAUGGAUGAGGCGCUGGAGGAAGGCGAAAUUCACGAAGACAACAUCCAGCAUUGCGAGGGGCAGCCGCUGGUUCCGGAUGCGAUGCAGGACUCCGAUUCCGAUGGAGAGGUGAUUGAAGAGGAUCCAGACUUGGAGGAAGGACAAAUUGCCGAAGAGAACUGCGGCGAUGAGCCUGAUGAGGUGCCGAGCUGCGAGGAGCAACUGGCAGACGAGACGGAGGAGGAAUCAGUCUGUGAGGAGGAGACUGAGGAGGAGGAAAGUGAGGAUGAGGAAAUUGAUCCGCAGCAGUCUGAAGAACAGGCUGCCAGCAGUGUUGGGGAAGUACAGGGGGAGGCUGACUCUCUUGGCAAAGAGGAAGGACAAGACGCUGGCGAGAAGGAUGAGGUGAACGAGGAAACACCUACGGAGAAAGCUUCUGGGGAUGAGGCUUCCUCCGAAUUUGAGUCAGACGAGAUGCGUGAAGACGCCAAGGACGAGGAUGAGGAGGCAGCAAACUCCGUGCACACCCCCUCUGAGGAGCCUCCACCGCUGUCAGAUUCGCGCUCUGACUGGUCUGGUGCUCGAGUUGAGUUUGGCCUGUCACCUCGUCGCCGCAGAUCCUCAAGCUCAGACAGACCGCACAAGAGGAGGUGCACUACGCCAUCUCGCUGGACGCGACGUGAAGCUUCCAAGACACCUCCAAGACGGCCGAACCUGCGGCGGCGAGUGGGCCAAAAUGGUCAAAGCAAGUGGGACGUGAGGCCUGAUCCGUCUGAUCCUGAUCAGCAACCGUUGAAGCGCUUAAUGGAUCCAAGCAUAAAUGGAAAGAAGCGGAGGGAAUGUUAUGUUGGCAAUCUCCCAGCACACAAGGUUGACGAGAUAACACUUCGGAAGACCUUCAACCGCCUCUUUUUGGCUCUUCCGAGUUUCGUGGAGACUUACCCAGACGUUGUGGACGUUGUCCGGACCCUUUUUUUUCCACCGAAAGGGGAAGGGAUGUUCGCAUUUGUAGAGUUCGUGGACGAUGUCAUCACUACAACAGCCAUUCAGAUGAGCGGGUUCGAGUUGCACAGCAAAGUUAUCAAGAUCGGUCGACCGGCGAACUACGCGCCUCCACAUGACGGCGAGCUGCCAGGACUGGAUGUGAAGCCACUGCGUGACCUUGGGCUUCUGCCGCGCGUGGGCGAAGAUGACAAAGCAGGUGUCUCCACUGUUCUACGCGAGGUAUACUUCGGUAACCUUUCCACAGGUAUGGUCGACGAGGAGGUGAUGCGUGAGCUCCUUCAACCAGCAGCAAUGGAAGUCCCGGAAUACAAUCCGGAGUUGGGCCCGGCAAUCUGCAAGGUCAAUAUGGGUUCCAAUGCAGCAUACUGCUUUGUCCAGUUCCAAAGUCCUGCUGUCGCAACGCGAAUGAUAUCGAUCUUCGACGAGACAGAGCUUUUUGGUCGAAAGAUCCGCGUUGGUCGUCCCAGCAAAUACUCGAUCACGGUAAAUGACGCUCAGCCUCAGAGCACAUUGCCGUUGCCACCGCUGCCUCCACCCACUACGCCUGCGCCAGCAUCUGCCGCAAGCAUGCCGCCGAUGCCGCCGCUAGCUCCACACUUACUCCAGGCCGCAAAUGCGGAGCUCGCAGCUGAACUGGCAUCAGGUCGCUGA